CUAGUAGCUGAAUAUGAUUUGAGGAAAUUGAUAAACAAAUUACAAUUGAAAAACUUUUGUUGACGUGAUAUAUUGCCAAACGUAAAUGAAUGGUCUUAGUCUGUCUCUUUCUGCGGGACGGUAGUAACGUAUUAUAGAGCGAGACAUAAAACGUACAGUUGCUUCGUUUACUAAACGCAUGGCGUAGCUUUGCGUACUACGCAAGUUGACGCUGUGUCGACAUUGGACGUUGGAUCGCUUGCCGGCCCGAGGCUUCGCGAUCGGGAGCGGGGCGAGCGAGCGAACGCCGUCGUUCUGUCAGCCAGUCUCGCAAUGGCGUUGGUUCGGUUAGGUCGUGUGUUCGUUUAGUUUCGCAACAACCCGAGCGGACACCGGCCCAAAAUAUUGGCCUGUCUAUUCGUCUUCGAAUUACUCGGAAACACUUCCUGUAAUUCCUAACGCAACACAGCGACGUAUUCGCCGCCACGGACAGUCAAAUUUUGGUACGAUAUCCACUCAGGGCGAAUCAUUUCAAGAUCAUGUUCAUCUCAUCUUAGUUCCUGCUUCUUAUUAAGUGUUUUGUGUGUGUUGUGACAUUGUGUAGUGACAGUGAGAGUGUAGUGAUGGAUCCGGGAUCACCUUCGUUGUUAUGGCCGCUGCGCCUGAGCAAGCCUACUGGAAGUAUGUCGGCUGUGGUUGCGGGAGAACACAGUAAAGCCGAAGAAAGGUCGACGUCGCCGGCGCUAGCAGACCGGCUAGCGGCGGCGCCGUCGUCGCCAGCCAGCCCCGCGCCUCCUAGUCCGACGCCCCCUCAACACCAGUUUCAAGCGGCCCUAGUCGCUGAAAAGUACCUCUUGUUGGAACAAGUCGAGGGCUCCUCGCUUUGCCGGUGUGUGGACGUGCGCACUCAAGAGGAAUACGUUUGUAAAGUGGUGUCACGAGACUGCAGUAGUUUACUACAAGCUCACUACCGUCUCGAUGGUCAUCCGCACGUUAAUCCAAUACACGAAGUUCUAGUCGGUCAGAAGAGGGUCUAUCUAAUAUUCCCUCGAUCGCACUCUGACCUCCACUCUUAUGUGAGGGCUCGGAAACGACUAAGGGAGCCUGAAGCCCGCAGGCUCUUCAGACAAAUGGCAGAAACUGUUGCAGCGUGCCAUGAACAAGGAAUCGUUUUAAGAGACCUCAAACUAAGAAAAUUCGUGUUUGCUGACGCACAGAGUGCUAGCGACUCAAGGCGAACGGUGUCAUUGCUGCGUACAAUACUACGCCGCAAUCGGGUCAAGGGGCUGUUGAUAUGCGCUUGCGCACCAUCCACGCGUGUAUAUUCACAUCCCCCAUGUAAUAUUUAUGCGGGUACCUGCUUCACUUUAUCAGGUGAUUCUAAAUACCCUCAUGGAAAAUUAAACCUGGCUUAUGCACCCCUCAUCGACAUUCCAACUGGUCAUCCGGCGAGACGCCCCGAUCAACAUCUCGCGGUCCCCAGCUCAAAGGAUACUAUGAAGCGGAAAUAUAUUCACAUCCAGAAUAAGAAGUUUCCACAAAAAAUUCACGAACAAUUAAUUGGUUUGCUAGUUUUUCAAUGGUCACAGACGGAUAGUAAAGUAACACCAGACAGUGCGGUGCCCAAUCGUAGUCUCUCUCCUGAGUUGCAGAUAGACGUAUCCUUUGUAAACAUUCUCAGUCCUGAGCUGGCGCUCGCCAGCGGAUGUGCCAAAUUGGUCCGCGAUAGACAGUCGACUCGCCACCCGGCAGACGCCGCCGUGGCGCAUUCCAACGUUUCCAACACGGCCACCGGCCACCAUCUUGUUUAUUUCAGAAUUUGA